AUGAAGACCUCAAGAUGGUGGCAGCAAUGUUCAGUCAUCAGCUUCCUGUUAGCUGUGUGGCUUCCUGCCUGGAUCAUGGCCCAGACAACACCCCCUACCCAGGGCACCACCUCCCCCAAACCCCAGAACGACCGGCUGCAGUUCCGUCUGGUGGGGUACCCCCGGAAGCACAACGAGGGGCGCAUCGAGGUCUUCUACAAGGGAGAGUGGGGGACCAUCUGUGAUGACGACUUCUCUCUGUCCAACGCCAACGUCCUCUGUCGGCAGCUGGGCUUCGUCUCCGCUACGGGGUGGACACAUAGUGCCAAGUACGGCAAGGGACUAGGGAAGAUCUGGCUGGAUAAUGUGCAGUGUAACGGAGGGGAGAAGAGCAUUGAGCUGUGUAAAUCUCGGGGUUGGGGCAACAGUGACUGCACACACGAUGAGGACGCUGGAGUCGUCUGCAAGGACGAGAGGCUUCCUGGUUUUGUCGACUCCAACAUCAUCGAUGUGCAGGUGGAUGAGAACAAGGUGGAGAAGGUGCGUCUGCGUCCGGUGGUGUCCACCAAGAAGAUGCCCGUCACCGAGGGAGUUGUGGAGAUUAAGUACAAGAACGGCUGGGCCCAGAUCUGUGACGUGGGGUGGACCCCCAAAAACACCCGGGUCAUCUGUGGUAUGCUGGGGUUCCCUCACGAGAAAAAGAUCAACAAGAACUUCUACAAACUGAACACAGAGCGUCAGAAGAACCAGUACCGCUUCCACUCUGUGGCCUGUGUUGGCACUGAGGUCCACCUGGCAGCCUGCCCCCUGGAGUUCAACAAGGGUAAUGCCACAGGUUCCUGUAAGGGUGGCAUGCCAGCCGUGGUCAGCUGUGUACCGGGACCACAGUACGUACACAACAACGGACUGAAGAAGAACCUGAAAACCACGAGCACGGUGAGGCUGAAGGGUGGUGCCAAGCUGGGUGAGGGCAGAGUGGAGGUACUGAGGAACAAUGAGUGGGGCACGGUGUGUGACGACCGUUGGACCCUGCUGUCGGCCAGCGUGGUGUGCAGGGAGCUGGGCUUCGGAUCUGCCAAGGAGGCCCUGACUGGAGCUCGCAUGGGACAAGGGAUGGGUCCUAUCCACAUGAAUGAGGUCCAGUGUCUGGGGACGGAGAAGUCGAUGUGGAACUGUGGCUUUAAGAACAUAACCUCAGAGGACUGCCAGCAUGUAGAAGACGCCGCUGUGAGGUGCAACACGCCAUACAUGGACCUGGAGAAAUCGAUCCGCCUGACAGGGGGGCGUACCCGCUAUGAGGGGCGGGUGGAGGUGUUGAGCACGAAGGCUAACGGGACCAAGAGCUGGGGGCUGAUAUGUGGAGGGACCUGGGGCACCAAGGAGGCCAUGGUGGCCUGCAGACAGCUGGGGCUAGGCUACGCUAACCACGGCCUGCAAGUGCGAAUCGUGGGAGGCAGGACGUACUAUGAGGGCCGUGUGGAGGUUCAGGUGGGGGCGCGGUGGGGCACAGUGUGCUCUGCCAGCUGGACCACUAAAGAGGCCAUGGUAGUCUGCAGACAGCUAGGCCUGGGGUACUCCAUGCAUGCCAUCACUGAAACAUGGUACUGGGACAGUAGUAACGUGACAGAGAUGGUGAUGAGUGGAGUGAAGUGUUCAGGAAACGAGAUGUCUCUGAGCCACUGCCAGCAUCACAGGACUGUCAGCUGUCAGAAGACUGCUGCCAAGUUCUCUGCUGGGGUCAUCUGCUCAGAGACGGCGUCUGACCUGGUCCUGAAUGCUCCCCUGGUCCAGCAGUCCGUGUACAUUGAGGACCGCCCGCUCCACAUGUUGUACUGCGCAGCGGAGGAGAACUGUCUGUCUCAGUCUGCCGCUAGCGCUAACUGGCCCUACGGACACCGCCGCCUGCUGCGGUUCUCCUCUCAGAUCCACAACAUCGGACGGGCCGACUUCAGGCCCAAGGCUGGACGCCACUCCUGGGUCUGGCACGCCUGUCACGGCCACUACCACAGUAUGGAUAUCUUCACCCACUAUGACCUGCUGUCGUCCAACGGGACCAAGGUGGCUGAGGGACACAAGGCCUCCUUCUGUCUGGAGGACACGGAGUGUCACGAAGGUAUCUCUAAGCGGUAUGAGUGUGCUAACUUCGGAGAACAGGGCAUCACCGUGGGGUGUUGGGACCUGUAUCGCCAUGACAUCGACUGCCAGUGGAUCGACAUCACCGACAUCAAACCAGGAAACUACAUCCUACAGAUUGUGAUCAAUCCAAACUUUGAAGUGGCGGAGAGUGACUUCACCAACAACGCCAUGAAAUGCAACUGCAAAUACGACGGCCACCGGAUCUGGCUUCACAACUGUCAUAUGGGUGAUGCCUUCAGUGAGGAGGCAGAGAGGAGGUUUGAGAAAUACCCAGGGCAGUUCAACAAUCAGAUCUCAUAAUCCUCCUAGCAACGCACCAAUCUGUUCCAGACCCCUGUACAAACCAAAGAGGAGGGCUGAUGCCUUUCAUCGUGUUCAACAAUGGGACUACCAAUCACCCUUCAUCACCUAGCUACCUAUCAGAACCAACCAUUCAUCAUCACAAAGCAACCAACCAAUCACAAGCCUAAAUUCCACAAGGCA